UUGAAAUUUUUUAUUAUACUGUUUUGUCUUAUGAAAAUAAAUGUUCUCGUGCGUUUAUUAAAUUAUUAUAAAUUUUUUUUUAUUUUCACGAACAUUAUUAAUAAAACACUGUUAAAUUGGAGUGUGUAUACCAUUGUUCUUAAAGAUACGUUCCAGUAUCAUUUCCUUCCCCUUUCAGAACGGAACUCUUCCUGUUACACUGAAGAAGGGAAGGAUGUGCAAGAACCCAAAACAAAGACAAAUACUACCCAAGCCAUAGUCUGUGUCUGUGGAGAAGUGCCUCCUAAUCCAAUUAUCAACUCCAACAGCGUCAAAAGUUUCAUUCCAUCUUUGCUUUAUAUUAAUGUCAAUCAGUUUCAGCAUCACCCAAAAUCAUCAACUUUGGUUCUCAAAUGUUCCCUGAGUGGAGCUGCAGGAAACAGCCAGCCUUCAGAAUCAGAGAUUCAGCAAAGAAGGGGUUAUGGAGUAGAUGGAAGAUCAGCUUCUUGUCCUGAAGAAGAAAGGAACAAAAAUGGCUUCUGAGAUUUUAGGGAAGAAGAAGAAGAAGAAGAAGAGGUGGCCCAGUGAGAUAGAAUGCACUUUACCAGGCUUAAGAAGUAGACUACUAGUGAGCUUACGUCCGGUGGCUUGGAUGGUUGGGUUUAUCCUAGCUUAGCUUAUCAAAGGGUAUUUAACCUAUACAAUACUUAUCUAAUAACAAGUCUGUCACCAAAAAUUUAACGUUGAUUGUGUAUAUUUUGUCUGAAGCACAAAAUGUGAUUAUCAUUAAUGUA